AUGGAUGCAAUAGGAAUAUCACAUGCAGGCAAGUCUGGUAGCCAGCCUGGAGCCUGUGUCCAGUGGUGGUGUGCAUGUGGUACCCAAGCAAGCACGCACACCUACCUGCACCUGCAUCAAGAUGCUGUUGGACACACACCUACACAAGAAGCCCCAUGCAGAUCCUCAACAGGAAGCUCUCAGCAGGACCAGAGGGGCACCGUCAACACGAGCAGACCAAGGGCCCCUCCUGAAGGACGGGUCCCGGAGGAUGAGCUCCCACCGACACGGCCCUGCUCUCGGCUGCCCACAGGACAGCUCCCAGCUUUGCCUCAGCCUGAGGGAGCGCUGGCCUCGCUGCCCCCCGGCAGCCCGGAGCUCCGGGCAAAGGUUAACGGGCCGCCACCGCAACCCGUGUGCGGCGGCACAGCCAGCAGGGACAGAGCUGCGGGGGCGUCGGUGUGCUCGCAGCGGCUUCGCUUUCUAGGAAAAACCAUGGAAAUGAUGAACGAGCUGGGAGCGGCGGCGCCAGGACAGCGCCUUGUCCCGGGAUAUCGCCCAGCCCCGGGACAGCGGCGGGCACCGGUGCCUGUGGGCCCGGGCGGUACCAAGUACGGCCGGGGGGGGGCGCCGGGACAGCGCCGGGAUAGCGCCGAGCCCCGGGAUAGCGCCGGUGCCUGUGGGCUCCGGGACAGUGCCGUUCCCCGGGAUAGCGCCGGGCACCGGGACACCGCUUUGCCCCGGGACAGCGCGGGACACCGGUGUCUGUGAGCCUGGGCAGUACCAAGUACGGCCGGGGAGGGGGGGGGGUCAUGUGGGCUUACAGCGCU